CCGAGAAGCACCGCCCCCAGCCGCCCGGGACUCCGGUGAUCGCUGCGGCUCGCUCGCGCCCCGGAAACUGCCCCUUCUCGGGGUCAUGAUGGGCAGCAAGAUGGCGUCUGCCAGUAGGGUCGUUCAGGUAGUCAAACCACACACUCCAUUAAUAAGGUUUCCUGACAGAAGAGACAAUCCUAAACCCAAUGUGUCGGAAGCUUUGAGAUCAGCAGGGCUACCAUCUCACUCUUCUGUAAUUUCACAACAUUCUAAGGGAAGUAAAUCACCAGAUUUGUUGAUGUAUCAGGGUCCACCAGAUACUGCAGAAAUAAUAAAAACAUUACCUCAGAAAUACAGAAGGAAACUUGUGUCUCAAGAAGAAAUUGAAUUUAUCCAACGUGGAGGUCCUGAAUAACCAUGGUGGCUGCUGUUUGUCAUCAGACAAUAGAAUUGUCUUUACAAUAAAGGACUUCCAAAAUGACAGAUGAGAAACUGUAUAUUAAACACCUUUAAUAAAUACUAUGAAAAAAAUGAAAUAUGGAAAAUUUAGAUGGACACUUGUAUUUCCUAAUUUAUGUAUCUUGGUCAGCUUCUCCACAAGCUUACCUAAUUAUUUAUACACUUUAUACUUAUUAAAGUAUACAUUUUUAAAUGUUAGCCUAUUAGUUUACUCUUGAUUAUCAAACAUUACCAGUGUUGAACUAUUAAAAGCACAUAAUGUAUAGUAAACUA